AUGGAUUUCACUCAAUCGGUGGAGCAACUGGAGUUGCGUGAAAAGAUUCCACUGCUCGAUUUGCCAUGGGGAGACGGCAAAGACUGGAUGGUUGUUGACCUCUGGGAAGACUAUGACGAGGAUCUACUCGAUGCUUUCUACAACAAAUACAUGAUAACACAGUUUGGAACAUCGGACGAGUUGGAACCCAUUGAGAAUUGGCACAAGGCAAUGUCGGACGAAGGUCGUGACGACCCGAACAUCUGUGAUCUUCAUGUACUGCUCGCACUCGGACUGCCUGGAGAACACAAAGGCAAAGGUCAUAAGUAUAUUAUUGGUGGUCUGGUGUUUGAGUACUAUCCAGAGACAAACAACGCUCUGGUGACCUACUUGGUGGUCAACCAGAAAUGGUCGGGCAAAGGUAUCGGUACCGAUUUGAUUCUGCGUACGCUGACGAUUCUCGACCAGAACGCCAAGCAAAAAGGUCACAUUGCGGGAUGCAAUGCGAUCUUCUUGGAGGUGAUGUUCUCGCCACACUCUGAUAUCACAGGUGCACCAGACUCCUCGCUAUCACAUGUCUUUUUGUUUAACAAGGGUUUCCGAUCGCCUGUACUCUCACCGCAAUCAAUCAACUCAUUCGGACUGGGAUCAUCGCUGGGCGUCGCUCCACUCUCGCCGGCACUCGGUUCCGUCCUACACAACAGUCAACUCAUACCAAAGAACAACACACUUGGACAGUCACUCGAUCCAAAUUUACUCUCAACAUCAAAAGGUGAUAAAUAA